AUGGAUCAGUUCAUCGACAAAUGUGCGGACAAAGAUACAACGCAAGAACGGUCUUCUUUAUUAGAGAGUCUGGGCGAUGCAUUCCAAAGCCUCGUCAUAUUCCCAGGAACAAAGUGGUGCGGAGCUGGUGACGUGGCAAAAAAUUACGACGAUUUGGGGUCGGCCAGAGACACCGACAGAUGCUGCCGUGAACAUGACCAUUCUCAAGACAACAUACCGGCAUUCCAGACAAAGCACAAUGUAACAAAUUACUUGCCGUACACGAUGACAGAGUGUGUUUACGACAGACAGUUCUUCAACUGUCUACAAAACGUGAGCAGCCUCCCUUCCGUGACUGUGGGAGUCUUGUUUUUCGACCUGCUGCAAACGAAGUGCUUCGAAUAUGGCUAUCCCACUGAGUGCACAAAGUACAACUACUGGCGUAUUCUUUUACUGAAGGAUCCCUGUGAAGUUGAAGAGCCUGACACGUCAAAACCUAAGGAGUGGCACAUCGAGAGCCCACCAAACUUUUUAGAAACGUUCAUUGAACAAAAGAAAGCUUAGAUACGUACGAAAUCCUUCACGUCACAUGAAACUGAAGUUUAGCGUUCAAGAAAGCUAAGAUUGGGUGGGUUAUAACAUUAUAACAAAUUUUACAGCUGUUCAAAGUGUCUAGAAUGCGUAACACAGUAAACACUACAACACAGUUUUAACUAAGCACACCUAUUGUUUGCCGAGAAUCUUUGCUGCGCAUGUACACAUAAAUGAAAUGAAAUUAAGUGUUUAUU